UCUCCUUCUUCCUCUUCUUCUAUUCCAACUUCUCCUUCUUCCUCUUCUUCUUUUCCUAAUUCUUCUAUCCCUACUGCUCCUUCUUCCUUCUCUUUUAUUCCUACUUCUUCUUCUCUCUCUCCUUCUAUUCCUAUUUCUCCUUCUUCCUCUUCUUCUAUUCCAACUUCUCCUUCUUCCUCUUCUUUUAUUGCUACUUCUCCUUCUCUCUCUUCUUCUAUUCCGACUCCUUCUUCUCCCUCUUCUAUUCCUACUUCUUCUUCUUCCUCUUCUUCUUUUCCUACUUCUUCUAUUCCUACUUCUCCUUCUGUCCUUUAUACUUUUUCCUCUUUCUUCUUCUUUUCUUACUUCUCUUAUUCAUACUUCUUACUCUCCUUCUCUCUGUUCUUAUUCUCAUCCUUCUUAUCCUUCUUCUCUUUCUUCUUUGUCUCCUUUUCCUUCCUCUCCUUCUCUUAUUUGCAUAUUGUGGAGCCCUGCAUGUCUGGAACACCUGGUGCCGGUCCCAGUCCCGGUCCCAGUUCUGGCAUUUCGCUUUCAUGCCCUCGAGCCCUCGGCUCCACUUAUCACUUUGUCAUUCUGCCGCUCUUUCACUCCUUCACUCUUUCCUUCUUUGUUCCUUUCCUUCGCUCUCUCGCUCUGUCGCUAUUUCGCGCUCUCUCUCCCUCUUGUGGCGCUACACGUGGUGGUCGAGCCGGUGGCCCCUCGUCAGCGAGUUCCACUCCCGUCCGGCAGGAUUGGCUGAGCCCGGCUGACAGGCUGGCUACUCGAAUCAAUCACCACCGGCCAUUUUGUCUCGGGUCCACGCGACGCGGGCGCCGGGCUCGCGAGAACGUGGGUCUGGCUGGGUCCCUUCGGCCAACUCUGUAA